AUGCUUCCGGACAAAUAUGUCGGGCUCAUAUUAGCCAUCAUGUCAACAAUGGCCAUUGGUACGAGUUUUGUGAUUACGAAAAAGGGGUUGAUGCAUGCUUCGGAGCGACAUGGUUUCGAGGGUGAAGGAUUCUCAUAUCUGAAGAGCCCGAUUUGGUGGGCAGGCGUCAUCACAUUGGGCAUUGGUGAAGUUGCCAACUUUGCCGCCUAUGCCUUUGCGCCCGCGAUCCUCGUCACACCUCUCGGUGCACUGAGUGUGCUGAUCGGUGCGGUCCUCGGUUCAUACUUCCUCAAGGAGCGGUUGGGUACAUUGGGCAAAUUGGGUUGCGCCAUGUGCCUUCUCGGAUCCGUCGUCAUUGUCCUCCAUGCGCCUCCUGACAAGCCGGUCGACAGAAUCGAUGUUCUGUUGGGAUAUGCUGUGAAAGCGCCUUUCCUGUUGUACUGUCUGGCGGUGGCCAUCUUCUCGACCGUGAUGAUCUAUCGGGUCGCGCCAGUAUACGGCAAGAAGAACCCGCUCAUUUUCAUCUCGAUUUGCUCUACAGUUGGCUCGGUCUCGGUCAUGUCCGUCAAGGCCUUCGGUAUUGCGGUCAAGCUCACUUUCCAGGGCAACAACCAAUUUGUCCAUGCGUCGACUUACGUGUUCGCCAUCGUUACCGGCUUCUGCAUUCUCACUCAAAUGAACUACUUUAACAAAGCAUUGAACUCGUUCUCGACCUCGAUUGUUAACCCCCUCUACUAUGUCACUUUCACGACCGCCACGCUCUGCGCCUCCUUCAUUCUCUUCCAGGGUUUCAACACCACCGAUGCAGUCAACACCAUUUCCUUACUCUGCGGAUUCCUGAUCAUCUUUACCGGCGUCUACCUCCUCAAUCUGUCCCGACACGACCCCGACGGAACAAGAAUGUCGAAUGCCAAGUUUGAUGAUGAUGGAGUGCCGACAGACGGCAUCGCCAGCUUUCAGACCCGGCGUUCAAUGCAGUCCCGCCGGAGCUCCUCCAGCGCCUACCUCAACGGCCACGGGGAUCGCGAAGGGCUCAUUCACUCGUACGACGUCGAGAACAACUCAGGCAUCGGGUUGCAUCAGUUGGGGGAAGAUAGUGAUGGAGAGCCAGGGCCGACGUUCUCGCGCAACGAAGAGCAACGUACGGCUAUCCACACCAAGCAGAAUAGCCAGAUCUGA